CCGCCACUGUCGCCGUGCCCUUGGUGGGCAAACUCGGCCUCAUUAGCCCGGCCUACUUCUUCCUCUGGCCCGAAGCCUUCCUCUAUCGCUUCCAGAUUUGGAGGCCAAUCACUGCCACCUUUUAUUUCCCUGUGGGUCCAGGAACUGGAUUUCUUUAUUUGGUCAAUUUAUAUUUCUUAUAUCAGUAUUCUACACGACUUGAAACAGGAGCUUUUGAUGGGAGGCCAGCAGACUAUUUAUUCAUGCUCCUUUUUAACUGGAUUUGCAUCGUGAUUACUGGCUUAGCAAUGGAUAUGCAGUUGCUGAUGAUUCCCCUGAUCAUGUCAGUUCUUUAUGUCUGGGCCCAGCUGAACAGAGACAUGAUUGUAUCAUUUUGGUUUGGAACACGAUUUAAGGCUUGCUAUUUACCCUGGGUUAUCCUUGGAUUCAACUAUAUCAUUGGAGGCUCGGUAAUCAAUGAGCUAAUUGGAAAUCUUGUUGGACAUCUUUAUUUCUUCCUAAUGUUCAGAUACCCAAUGGAUUUAGGAGGAAGAAAUUUUCUGUCUACACCUCAGUUUUUGUACCGCUGGCUGCCCAGCAGGAGAGGAGGGGUGUCAGGAUUUGGCGUGCCCCCUGCUAGCAUGAGGAGAGCUGCUGAUCAGAAUGGUGGUGGCGGGAGACACAACUGGGGUCAGGGCUUUCGACUUGGAGACCAGUGAAGUCAAGGCCUCUGGCUGCCCACCAGCCCUCUGCUCAGAUGACCUUCCCUCCCAGUGCUGGGUGCGCUGAACAGCCGAAUUCCUGCUACGCCAUUGGACCUGACCCACACUGAAUGUAGUCUUUGAGUACGAGACAACAUUUUUUAAAUCUCGAAGAAAAAUAUAAGUGUUCCUCAAGUUUCAUGGUUCUCAUUCAAGUCCUUACUGCUAUGAAGAACAAAUAUCAACUGUGCAAAUUUCAAAGCUGACUAUAUUUUUUUGGUGUUUUCUCUUCUUCCCUUUCCGUCGGAAUAAUGAGUUUUAGUAGGUCCUGGUCUGCUGGCACUGAGCCAGGCAGCUGGGGUUGGCAACCAAAUCCUUGUCAGCAGGACUCUUAUCUUUUCUUGCACAAAGGCCUCCCUCCCACUUUUCCCAGUUCCCAAACUUGCAGCUAGAGGAGGUUGCCCAUGAAAUGGUUUUGCCUUGGACAAGCCCUCUUAUUUAUUGAUUUUUGCCAAGGCUUGGUCACAAAGAACUUAUUCAUAGUUUCCCUCCUUUGGUGGCAGAACUAUAACAAUAGGGGAGAAGACUAAAGCAGUGGAUGAAGAGCUUCCUCAGCUUUUGGAAUUGCUUCGAACUGAUAUCAGUUGCAACCAUUUGCCACCUCUUCAGAUGUUUUUAUAAAAGUCACCUCUGAGUCAGUGAGGGCCAUAGAUUUAUAUUAAUGAGGUUAUAAGGGUUGUCGCUAGGCAUUUUUUCCCUAAGUGGUCAAAACUAUAGUGGAGUUGCAUCUAACACAGGGGUUAGGUUUAGACUGUGGUGAACUUAAUCCCUUUGUGUUUUGUAAGUAGGGUGUCUGACUUGUGUACCUAGUGUGUUGGGUUG